AUGGUCCUCAGCAUGGCACGUUCACGCGGCGUCCUCGCCCUCAUGGCCAUCACUAGUCUCGUCACCGUCUGGCUGUGUCGACUUCCCCAGCUAAACAUCAACAUAACACGGGGUCCCGUUCUCCAACGCCAUCUCGAUCUCUCCCUUCCCGAUGCCCCCUUCGUUGACUGGCCGCUCGAGAGAGUCUGCAGCGAGACCAGCUGGACCCCCGGCCUGGUCUUCGUUUGCGACAACAACUCCGGCGGCAUUGGCAAUAUCCGUAACUACAUGCUGACUUGCCUACGCUAUGCGAUUGAUGCCGGCGCAACCGGUCUCGUUAUGCCACGAAUCCGCGUCCGAUCCGAAAAAGACCUAUCCGACACCACAAGCGAGAACUACCAGCCCUUCACCUACUUCUUCGACGAACCGCACUUCCGCCAAAGCCUUCAGGCGUCUUGCCCGCAAAUCACCAUCUACGAUACUGCCUCCGACGUCCCCAAUGCCCCCGCCCCGUUCAAGACCGAAGAGACCACACCCAAGAAUCUAGGGAGAAGAGGAGGCUGUGAUAGGAGGGAUCACAAUAAACACACUGGCUUGUUCGCUUCCGCCUUUGCGAACCACCUGCGCUCCACUGCCGCCGAGUUCAACCUCGCACACCCUCCCAGCCCUGAACACCCGCGUAUCUUCCGGUUGACCUGGGGGGUCCAGUUCGAAUGGCCCGUCUUCCGUGACGGCCCCGAGUUCGCUUCCACCUUUGGCGGUCUGUUGCGGUUCCGGCCUGACAUUCUUGCGCUGGGGAACAAAGUCGUAGCACACAUGCGGCAGCAUGCACGCCAGUUUGACGCCGACUCCCACUCGGGUCGAUUCGUCGCCUAUCACCUCCGCACGGAAAACGAUGCGUUAGACUUUUGGCCCGACUAUGCGAACCAGAGCAAGGCUUACCUCGCGAGGAGUCAGCAGAUGGGAUACGACAUGAAAGCCGGCUACCUAGCCACAGGCAACGAAACGGAGGCGCAUAAGUUCUUCAGGGACGCAACCGUGCUUCAUGGGAUGCGAGUUACGACCAAAGACCUGCUAUUGGGGGACUACAAAGAAGACCUCGCGGCACUGGAGAAGCUGACGUGGGAUCAGCAGGCAGUGGUCGACUUUAUCGUCCUGUUGCGGAGUGACCUUUUCCUUGGUGUUAGUCCGAGUUCGUUUAGCAUGAACGUUGCCCUCAAGAGGCAUCUCCAGGCGGAGGGACUAUAUACAAGGCCAUGGAGGAUAGGAGGCGAGGGAGAUGGGAGGAGUUGGUUGAUGGGGAAGUACGAACAGUUCUGGGAAGACUGGAUGUUUAUGUACGAGGCGAUGUGGCCAUAG